AUGUUACGUUUUAAAUCACCCAAUACUUUGCUAAAGGUUCUUAGACAACCCUUUAGCACACGGUUCAUAAAUGGUCAAAGAUCUAUUCAUAAAUUAGUGGCAGAUGCUAUCACUUAUAAUAAUAAUAAUAAAGUCCGUUCAAAUCAUGCUAGGUUUGCGUCUACAAUUACUAAUGAUACAUAUCUUAAUAAAUUAAUAUCAAAUAAUGAAGAAAUUUUACAUUGGAAAAGAUAUUUAGCUCAAAUUAACAAUCAUGAUCAUUAUCACAAUCAUAAUAAUAGGAGGGAAAACAGCCUUGUCGAUGAUUAUAAGUCUCCUUUAGAUAACAUUGUAUUGGACAAGUCUUUUGAGAUUUAUGAUUUAAAACAAAUCACUGAUCUUUUGAAUAAACCAAUUAUUUUGAAAAAUGACACAAGUAAUAUUAACAAGCAUCAUAAAGAUAAAAAUAACAAUAACAAGAUUGAGAACAAGGAUGAGGAUGGAAAUGAAAAUAGGCCUGAAAAUGAGCAAGAAAAAAAUAUAGAGAAAAGAAAUGAAAAGGUCUUGAAUGAAUCAAAGCUAAAUAGUUCUUCCUCUAUAAGUUCCUCAUCUUCUUCCUCCUCACAAAACUCAAAUGACGGUAAUGAUAAUAACAACUCUUCGUCUUCCAGUAAUAAUAAUAAUAAUAAAAGUGAUAAUUCAAGUAUACCAGAAAUCUAUCCACAGAUGUUGGCCUUGCCCAUAUCAAGAAGACCUUUAUUUCCAGGGUUCUAUAAAGCAGUAGUGAUUUCGGAUGAACGUGUAAUGAAAGCUAUUCAAGAGAUGUUAGAUCGUCAACAACCAUAUGUAGGUGCUUUUAUGUUGAAGGAUUCAGAAAACGAUACUGACGUCAUUGAAAAUAUUGGUGAUGUCUACCAGGUGGGUGUUUUGGCUCAAAUUACAAGUGCUUUCCCAAGCAAAGACGAAAAGACUGGUAAAGAGACAAUGACUGCGUUAUUGUAUCCGCAUAGAAGAAUUAAACUAAAUGAUUUGACACCACCACAAAUUGAUCAACAAAAAUUCGAAAAAGAAGAAGAAAUGGAAAAGAAAGAAGAAGAAGAAGAACUAACAGAAGAAAGGAAUGUUGAUGCACAAAAGGUUGAAAAGAAUUCCUUGAAACAAAAACAGACAAGUAAAAUACCAAAACUCGAAGAUAUUAUUGUAGAGAAAGUGAUUGAGCCUCAACAAAGCUCUAAUGAAUCUUUGAAAAAGACCGAUUCAAAUGCUGACAAAGAAAAGCAUAUAUCUGAUGGGCAAGAAAUUCUUAAAAAUAAAGAAACUCAACUUACAAGACAAGAAGAAGACGAUGUUGAAAAUCCUACUGGAUUUUUGAAAGAUUAUAACGUGUCAUUGGUAAAUGUCUCUAAUUUGGAAGAUGAGCCCUUUGAUAGGAAAUCACCAAUCAUUAAUGCAUUAACUUCUGAGAUUUUGAAAGUGUUCAAGGAGAUCUCACAACUGAAUACUAUGUUUAGAGAACAGAUUGCUACAUUUUCAGCUUCAAUUCAAUCUGCUACUACCAAUAUAUUUGAAGAGCCUGCCAGAUUAGCUGAUUUUGCAGCAGCUGUCUCUGCUGGUGAAGAAGAAGAAUUGCAAGAUAUUCUAAGUUCGUUAAAUAUUGAGCAUCGUUUAGAAAAAUCUUUAUUGGUAUUAAAGAAGGAAUUAAUGAACGCUGAAUUACAAAAUAAAAUCUCUAAAGAUGUUGAAACAAAAAUUCAAAAAAGACAAAGAGAAUAUUAUUUAAUGGAACAAUUGAAGGGGAUUAAAAGAGAGUUGGGUAUCGAUGAUGGACGUGAUAAAUUAAUUGAAACUUAUAAACAAAGAAUCUCUAAAUUGCAAUUACCUGAUUCCGUACAGAAAGUGUUUGAUGAUGAAGUAAUGAAAUUAUCAACUUUAGAAACCUCUAUGUCUGAAUUUGGUGUCAUUAGAAACUAUCUAGAUUGGUUAACUUCUUUACCUUGGGGCAUUACCUCUAAGGAAAGAUAUUCUAUUAAUACUGCUAAGAAAAUUCUAGAUGAAGAUCAUUAUGGUAUGAAAGAUGUUAAGAAUCGUAUCUUAGAAUUUAUUGCUGUUGGGAAAUUGUUAGGAAAAGUAGAUGGUAAAAUUAUUUGUUUUGUAGGACCACCUGGUGUUGGAAAGACAUCAAUUGGUAAAUCAAUUGCCCGUUCCUUGAGUCGUCAAUUUUUUAGAUUUUCUGUAGGUGGUAUGACAGAUGUUGCUGAAAUUAAAGGCCACAGAAGAACGUACAUUGGUGCAUUGCCGGGUAGAAUCAUCCAAGCCUUAAAGAAAUGUCAAACUCAAAACCCACUUAUAUUAAUUGAUGAAAUUGAUAAAAUUGGUCAUGGUAGUGUACAUGGUGAUCCAUCGGCAGCUUUAUUAGAAGUAUUAGAUCCUGAGCAAAAUGGGAACUUUUUAGAUAAUUACCUUGAUAUUCCAAUCGAUUUAUCGAAAGUGUUAUUCGUUUGUACUGCAAAUAGCCUUGACACAAUUCCAAGACCUUUAUUAGAUCGUAUGGAAGUCAUUGAAUUAACAGGGUAUGUGGCCGAAGAAAAAGUUAAAAUAGCUGAACAAUAUUUGGCACCUCAAGCCAAAAAAGCAGCUGGGUUGGAGAAUGCUAAUGUUGAAUUAACUGAUGAUGCUGUUUUGGCUUUAAUGAAGAAUUACUGUAGAGAAAGUGGUGUUAGAAAUUUAAAAAAGCAUAUUGAAAAGAUUUACCGUAAGGCAGCAUUGAAUGUAUUGAAAGAGUUGAAACUUGAGGAAAAUGGUCAGAAUCUGGAAACUGCCAUGGCGACGAUGACAACAGUAUGUGAUAGCAACUCUAUGGAUGGGAUAGAUAGUAAGAAAGGUACACAAAUAAUAUCAGAGAAAAUAGAUAGGACAGGGAUGAACGAUGAAAUUGAAGUGGAAAAGACUAAAGAUAAUGAAACUUCAAUGAUAGUUCCUCCAAAAAUUAAGAUAACUAUUGAUGCAAAUAAUUUGAAAGAUUAUGUAGGUCCACCAAUUUAUACUACUGAUAGACUUUAUGAGACUACACCUCCUGGCGUUGUAAUGGGCUUAGCGUGGACUAAUAUGGGUAGUUGUUCUUUGUAUGUUGAAUCAGUAUUAGAACAGCCUUUACAUAACUGCAGGCAUCCAACGUUGGAAAGAACUGGUCAAUUAGGUGAUGUAAUGAAGGAAUCAUCCCGUUUAGCAUACUCAUUCUCGAAGAUGUUUUUGGCUAAACGUUUCCCUGAAAACAGGUUCUUUGAGAAAGCUUCAAUCCAUCUACAUUGUCCUGAAGGUGCUACUCCCAAAGAUGGUCCAUCUGCUGGCAUAACAAUGGCUACAUCCUUUUUGUCUUUGGCCUUAAAUAAGUCAAUAGACCCUACAGUGGCUAUGACAGGUGAAUUAACUUUAACGGGAAAAGUACUUAGAAUAGGUGGCCUAAGAGAAAAGGCAGUUGCAGCUAAGCGUUCUGGAGCCAAGACUAUUAUUUUCCCUGCGGAUAAUAUGAGUGACUGGGAAGAAUUACCAUCAAAUGUCAAGAAAGGAUUAGAACCAGUACCGGCUGAUUGGUAUUCAGAUGUCUUUAAAAGAUUAUUUUCUUCCAUCUCAAAGGAAGAUGGAAAUAAUGUAUGGCAAUCUGAAUUUAAAAUUAUAGAUGAAAAAGAAAAGGAACAUAGCAUUUCUGCAUAA